UUUUUUAGAUCGUUUUGUGACAUAUCUGUAAAAUCAAUCGUGUGAAGUGUACAUACAAUCGUUUAUGUGAAAAUUAAAACAAAAUUUCUACAUGUUGUGAUAUUAUUGAAGAUACUUUGGUAUGACAAGUAUGAAGAUAUCUGUGUUAUUACUCGGAUACAUUUGUGCAACUGUUGCAGCAACUAGUGUUUCCAGCCUAGGUGCCAGCAACUGUACUCGUAUUCCCCGAAAAAGUCGAGUUGUUAAAUACGUGGACUGGCCAUUUACAUUAAACUGUAAUGAUGUGACGUCACGAGAUUGGUUGACUGCAUACAACAUCAGUUUAAGCCCUGACGCUGCACUGACUUGUUAUAUUCGACAUCCUGAUCAGCACUACUACUCUACAGAAACAAGUAUUACACUAAACGGUAGUUCUUCCAUACUCACGACAUAUACAGUUACCCAGCGUUAUUCAACUUAUUGCGUAUCUCUUGAAGUUGAAAUAGAGCUUCGUCCUUUACCACAUCACACAUGCGGUGAAGAUGUUAUUACUGCAUUACGAGGUACCUCAAAUAUCAUCUUUGUAGAAUCCGAGAUAUCAGGAAAACCUCUGAUCUUUGAGUGUGAACCAGCGGCAAAUGCAGCCGCAGAUGCGGUUCUUCCGCCUGCAGUACAAAGUAGUCAAAUAACUACAAAAUGGAUUAGAACUCCAGUUCGAAAACUCAGUGGUUCAACAUCAGCAUUGCAAGUUGCACAACCCAACCAAACUUGUUCAGAUUUACCAGUUUAUUAUUUAACUAAUCUAAAAGUUCGAUUGUUGGAACGACACAAUAAACCAAAAGCCUUGGAGAUAACUGGUCAAGACUUUUAUGAUCCAGCAGUAUAUACUUGUAUGGUGCAGUAUGGUGGCCAGACAGCUUAUAUCUCUCAUGCAGCACUUUGCAUUAAGCAAAAAGUUUCAAACAAUAAAAAACCGAACAUAAUGUGUACUGGCAGUCGCAAUUUCUUCCAGGAUGAUUCUUUAACUGUAUCAUGUACUGUGACUACCAAGCUUGGUGAAUUAAAACCAGAUGAACUUGAAAUAACUUGGACCAAAGGAACUUCUACUUUCUGCACUAAAUCUGAUCUUCUAAGCUCCACAGCCCCAUCUAGUGGUGGCCAUAAUUCACAAUGUGGACUUGAGGAUUUCACAAACACAAAAAAGAUUUGUUUCUGGAGACAACCUGCAUCUAAUGAAGUUCAACCAUCAAGCAACACUUUCAAAGCCUAUCUCACAUUUAAUAAAAUGAAGGUUUCAGACGCCGGUACUUACCAUGUAUCAGUGCUGUACAAAGGUAUUCCGAGUGAUCCUGCUACCUUUACACUUGUAUUUGACCGGACCAGAAUGUUGGUCAAAAUGGCCGCUGGUCUUACAGUUUGUCUCGUGGUUAUGGUGUCACUAAUCGUUCUGUGGUUGGUUUAUCGGCGCUACCGCUUCCGUAUCAAACUCAGAUGGCGCCGUCAUUUCGGAAAGUAUCAAGAUGAUGAUAAAAAGAACAUAGUUGUCCUUUCUUAUUACUAUGACUGUGAUCUGGCUGACGAGACCAGAAAAGCGACGGAAACAAUCAUUACUUGCAUUAAACAACAACUUAAUUCAAUGCAAUACAAGUAUUAUGACAGUCAUGAAGAUUUACAAGCUGGCGGAUUUUCAGUAAGUAGUUUACUUCAGAGAUUGGACGACAGUCAUCGAAUGAUAAUUAUCCUUACAGAAGAAUAUAUUAGAGACCGUUGGUCCAAGUUUGAAGCUGAGCAGGGAUUAAUUAAUAUGGAAAACAACCGCACAAAACUGAUUUUCGUUCGAGUGAAAGGAGUCAAAAAAGCUUUACAAGGCGUUGAAGAUUUUCCAUCUGGUUUAUCGGAUGCAUUGAAGACUGCACGAAAUAUUCGCUGGAAACCUGGAAUGAACAGCAAUUUAUUUAAAGAAUCAGUCGCGUAUGCACUGCCGAACUUGAAGCGAUCGCCCACCCCUACUACUAACAACCCAUCUGUCAACUAUGUGAAACUAGCUAGCUGUGAUGAAUCUCUUGCUAGCCCUGUAAACGGUUGUGCUAGUUGUGUGUAAGAUAUAUCUCCACGUUGUCACUUCAAGUUUCAAUCUGUAUUAUUCCUUCAUUUCUUGGUGCGGAAAACAUGAACAAAAAGAUUACCACGGUACACCCUAUAGAUAACUCUGCAUUUUCCGUUCUAUGUGGGUGAGGUCCUUGCCAAGGAUUUAAACCAGAUUUGGCCCAUUACUCCAACACCUAGGCUGUUAUGUACAUCGUGUAUUUGAACAGUUUGACUGUCUUGUACUCCAUCUGCAACAGACCUGGUUUCAUGGAUAAUAAUUUGUGACAUAAGCUAUUAUUUCCUACAAAAGUAUUCCAAAUCACCCAUAAAGUUACAUACGUGGUAACUGGUAAGCUGGCGUGAGGUGUAUAACAGAACACCUGUGUUAUAACAACUGUCGUUGCCUCGCCAUGUGAGGAUAAAUAAACUACAUAUGUGGUAACUCAUAAGUGGGCAUGAGGUGUAUGAAACAAAACGCCUGUUUAAAACGACUGUCACUGCCCUACCAUGCGAGGAUAAAUAAGUUACAUACAUUCAUUCAUUCAAUUUAUGAAUGAAACUUUCAGCCCAUUUUGAAUUUUAAAAUAUUUUCUUAAAAGAAAUGCAAACCCUAAAUAUAAUGCUUAAAUUACAGCAGAUAUUUUUUAUAGCCCAGUGGUUAAAAAUCACUUAGCUGAAUAAAUAAAUAUGUAAAUAUUUUCCAUUUUUCUCUGCAUGUUUCUAUUGUAUUUUGUUACAUCAUUUCUAUCAUCAGAGGCAUCGAUCAAGUUUUGCAAUAUUUUCAUGCAACUUAUACACACACUCCUCACUACACAGGGCACACUUAAGCCCAUACACUACCAGUUUAUCAUUUUCAAACCAAUACACAUAUGGAGUAAAACAUGAAAAUCAUUUUAUUUACUGAUUUUUUCAUGUAACUUAUACACACACUCCUCACUACACAGGGCACACUUAAGCCCAUACACUACCAGUUUAUCAUUUUCAAACCAAUACACAUAUGGAGUAAAACAUAAAUCUCAUUUUAAUUACUGAUUUUUUCAUGUAACUUAUACACACACUCCUCACUACACAGGGCACACUUAAGCCCAUACACUACUAAUUUAUCAUUUUCAAACCAAUACACAUAUGGAGUAAAACUUAAGCUCCCAAAUUCUUUACUGAUUUAGUGUUAACACAUACACUACACAAAUGUAGCAGCUACUUUUGCCAAAGUUAGUAGUUUAUUUUAUAAGAAACGCCUCUACUAGUUUUUUCCAAAUGUUCCAUUUAAAUUGAAGUCUUUUUUAACAUUUUAUUGCAGAUUUUGCAAUGUGUUCUCACAUACGUAAUACGUAGCCACCAUAAUGUAUUUAAUUUUUCAUGAGAUCAAAUUCGUAUUAGUUUUUACAGCAGUAUAUUUUGCUAUGCUGAUUAGAUUUGUCACUGUUCUAAUAAAAUCUGUUUGUUAUUUCAUUUCUUAUUUCCUCUUUUUUUCCUUUAUUGCAAUGCGCUUGUACAGUUGUUUGCCAAAUGUAUAAAAUAUAAACCAAAUCAUUA